AUGGGGCAAACACAAGCAAGAUCCGACUCGAUGGAGCACCCGGAAUUUGACGAAUGGGGACACAGCUUCCCCAAGGUGGAGAACAUCCGCUACUUCAAGCUGGAGGACAGCUCCUUUUCGCUCUCACAUAACCCGGGCGACUGGAUAGACAAGGGACGCUUCAAGACCGUCGGGUGGGUAUCUGAUCAGAGAGACAGUAGAGGGAAGGGUGUGUCUGAGAGUUGAGUGUGUGUAUCUGGCUGGCAGGGAUGUGUGGAAGUACCUGCUGUGGUUGGGAGAGGCGGGACGUCACCAAACGGGGUAUUUGAAGCUCACUGGCUAUGACGACGUCGAAGACGGCACACUCAUCGGCGACAAGUGCGUGUGCGGGCGAGGCGACGGACACGCCCUGUGUGUGUGUAUGUGUGUGUGUGUGUGUAGGGGGAAGACGCAGAACGAUCCGUUCAUCAUCAAGAAAGUGCGUAUGGUAGGUGGGCACAGACCACAGACAUGCAGCGAGAUCACAAGGAUCUCUCUCUCUGUCUGUCUGUCUGUCUCGUGUGUGUGUGUGUCCACCCACCCCACCGUCCGUCCGUCAGGGGAUAUUGAGAUGA